CACCACUCCACAAUGCAGUCUCACGCUUGCUGUACCGUUCCUCCUGUCAUUAGCAAGGGCUAUGACGCCAAGGGCUCUUACACAACCAUUGAUGGCAUGAAGACCUACGUUACUGGCUCUAGCGAUGCAAAGAAGGCACUCCUCGUCAUCUACGACAUCUUUGGGUUCAAGGACCAGACCAUCCAGGGAGCCGAUAUCCUCGCAACCAGCGACAAGGAGAACCAGUACCAGGUCUUCAUGCCCGACUUCUUCGAGGGCAAGCCAGUCGACAUUAGCGAUUACCCUCCUGACACUGAAAAGGGCGAGCGUCUCGGAAAGUUCUUCGAGACCACCGGUGCACCACCCAAGACCGUCAGCCGCAUCCCCAAGGUCAUUGACGAGAUCAAGAGCCAGAACAAGAACAUCACCUCAUUCGGCAUUGUCGGUUUCUGCUGGGGCGGCAAGAUUGUGAACCUGUCUUCGCAGAAGGAUACCGUGUUCAAGGCUGCUGCUGCAUGCCAUCCUGCCAUGGUUGACCCCAACGAUGCCGCUGGAAUCAGCAUUCCCAUUGCCAUGCUGCCUAGCAAAGACGAGGACAAGGAAGCUGUCGAGAAGUGGGAGCAGGGCGUCAAGACCAAGCACCUUGUCAAGUGGUACAACGACCAGUNNGCCGACCUCGAAGACGAGAAUGUCAAGAAGAACUACAUGGAUGCUUACGGCGUCUUGCUCAACUUCUUCCACGAGCACAUGUAA